AUGGUGAAGGCAGUUGCAGUUCUCAGCAGCAGUGAGGGUGUGAAGGGAACCAUUUACUUCACACAGGAGGGAGAUGCUCCUACUACUGUCACCGGAGAGGUUUCUGGCCUUAAACCCGGACUUCAUGGCUUCCAUGUCCAUGCCCUUGGUGACACCACCAAUGGCUGCAUGUCAACCGGACCUCAUUUCAAUCCUGGUGGCAAAGAACACGGAGCUCCUGAAGAUGAGCAUCGCCAUGCUGGUGAUCUCGGAAACAUCACAGCUAAUGCGGAUGGUGUUGCUUCUUUCACCAUUGUUGACAAGCAGAUUCCUCUUUCCGGAGCACACUCAAUUGUUGGAAGAGCCGUAGUUGUCCAUGGUGAUCCCGAUGAUCUUGGAAAGGGUGGACACGAACUCAGCAAAACCACUGGAAAUGCUGGGGGAAGAGUUGCUUGUGUUACUAGCAGACAGUAUAUGCAGAAUAAAGAAUUGGCUUGUCUUGUUGAUUGUCCGGUCUGCACAUGUGGAACAUGGCAAGUUGGUGACCUUCAGCUAGGCAGGUUGAAAACUGCAACUUCUAUUGCAUACCAUUUAACACCUACAUUCAACAUUCACAAACCUUAUUUGCCCUAUUCAAAGAAAGUUCCCCAAAUGUUUCUGAUCAUUGAAGGAAUCAAAAUGUUCAGAAUAGAUUGGCAGAUCUGA